AGCAAAAAAAAAAACACCAAAAUUCAAAUCGACUCAAAAUCACAAGGACUAUCUCAAGAAAUCCGGCAGAAACUGAUCGGAGAAAUGAGUGCGGUUGCGAUUAAUCAUCUGUUUGGGUUUCCGGAGACGAUCGAGAAGCUGAUCUUCCCGAGCUCCCGCUCCGGCGAGGGAAACGAGAAUCGAGGAGGAAGCAGCAACAAUAUCCCAAUCGACAUUCUGGAAUCUUCCAGAGAAUACAUCUUCUACGCCGACAUCCCCGGGAUCUCCAAAUCAGAUAUCCAGGUGACUGUGGAGGAAGAGAGGACUCUGGUGAUAAAGAGUAACGGGAAGAGGAAGAGAGAGGACCAUGAAAGCGAAGAAGGAUGCAAGUACAUUAGGCUCGAGAGGAGACUCCCUCAGAAUCUGGUCAAGAAGUUUCGGCUCCCGGAAGAUGCUGACGUGGCAGCCGUCGCUGCUAAUUACAAGGAUGGGGUUUUGACAGUCACCGUCGGGAAGCUGCCGCCGCAGCCACCGAAGCCUAAGACGGUUCAGAUAGCGGUUUCUUGA